AUGUCCUCUGAGCGAUCUGAGGUAUCACAAGAGGCCCAGACCCUUGCGCUUGCAGAACAGCGGAGGCUCAAGAAAGAGCAAAGGCAAGCAGCACUCGAGAAGGAGGCGGAGGAGAGGAGUCGCAUCUUGCCCAGAGAAUGGGCUGUCGUACAAGAUGCACCCGGCAUAGGAUGGCAUACAAGGGUCAUGACAUGGAAUCUCUUGGCUCAGACCCUCGUCCGUCGUGAACUAUUCCCCAAGAGUGAUUGUCUUAAGGCUGCUCAACGCGAGAACAUGAUUUACCGCGAAAUCCUUUCCCACAAUGCGGAUAUAUGCUGCAUGCAGGGACGGCAUUCGUCGAUUGAAGUCGACAGGUUGACAAAGUUGCUGCCGGUGCUCGAGGGGGCUGGCUAUAAUCAUGUAUAUGCGGCGGGACCCGGCAAAAAACAUGGGUGUCUCAUCGCCUUCCGGAAGGACACGUUCGAUCUCGCUGGCGAGAGGAUGAUAGAAUACGACCUGCAAGAGAUCCGCUCAGGAGACGAAGCAGCCAAGCGUGGCAGUAGCUUUCGCACAAGGAAUAUAGCCUCUUUAGUCGGGCUGCGACGAGCAGACUCGCCCUCUGAAGGCGUCUUGGUAGCAACUACACACCUGUUUUGGCACCCAUCACAGGCUGCUAUACUGCUUCGAGAAGUAAGCAGGUUUCGCGAUGAGCUAUCGCCAGCAGAGAGUCCCUGGCCCUGCAUUAUCGCCGGAGAUUUCAAUUUCCCCCCAGAUGAUGCUGCGUACUCUCUGCUCACAGGUGAUCCGUUGUCGCCCGAACAAGAAGCACGCCUCGCUGCUUCGCGCGUCGUUCACAAGUCGAUCGACCCUAACGUCCCUGUGGCGCCAGAAGCCGCGACCGAAGGCGCAGAGGAAGAUGAGGGUGCGGCGGCUACAGAGAGUGACCCAGACAAAGUUAUCACGAACGCCCGACCUGCUCUUCCUGCGGAUGGUCUUCUCACAGAUGCCGAACUAGCUGACAUGCUGCGCCAGUACGACAGGCCGACGAGUGUUUAUGACGAAGGCCAGCGCAUAUGCACCGCUGCUUCGACCCUGGAGCGCGAGCUGACCUUUGGGAACCGCGCGCCCAUACCGGCGGAACGGCAUGGAGCGUACGAACCAAAUUGGACGAGCUACACCCAUUAUUGGAAAUCUGUUUUAGAUUACAUGUUUGUUUUGUCUCCGCCACAACGCAAGGUUAUUGUUACAAGAUUGGCAAAGCCGCAUCGAACCGAAGCUGUAUCCCCGGGCAUCCCGCUGAAAGGUGUUUGCGGGAGCGACCACAUCUCCCUCGGCGCAGAACUCUACCUGCCAUCUCCAUCAUAG